ACGGUGGCGUCUUGGUUGGUUACCCAGUUAUAACACUACUCACUGCCUUCGACACACCUCACAGCUCCUUACAAAGCAAUAUGCCAUCUAUUGCCUCGACAUGCAUCACCGUCUACAAAUACCGAAGUCUAUAACUGAUCCUCUGUCCCUUCUUUUAAAUAAGCUUCCCACUCGAAGACCACGCUCUUUUCAAACAAGAUCGUUUUGGACUAUCAGAUGGCCUGUAAUCUGCGCUAUCUUACAUGAGCUUGAUCACAUAUACCAUGGAAAAGAGCCACCAUCACCAUCUGACCCAGGGCAGAAACUGAUUAAAUGGUUAUUUAAUUCUUUAUAGCAGUGUUUUUUAACACUUGUUCCGUGAAUCUGUCAGCCAAAGCAUUUUUUGCUCUCG